AGUUUGGCUCAGCUUGUGGGACUUCACGCCUUCCACACCAUGUUGGGUGCCAAUGAGCGCUUUGGUAAGGGCCACGACCGGCCGUUGCUACAUCUUCCGGCGGAGUCUGGUUGCAUACCGAGAACAUGUCAGUCAUGUCACCAUUAUCCCACUGGACUCACCAAUCAAGGAAGAAGAUGGUAAGUUGAAGGAAUUAAGAGAAACCCUUCUGAAGAAUCACGACACUUCUAAAGUAGAUGAAGUGCUUAAGCCGCUUUCGACAGCAGGAGAUGAGAGACCCAUGUCAAGGUCUGGCUUUUUGCUUACAUUGAAGUCAUUGCAGUGGCUUCAGACACAAGCGAAUAUUCCAGUCACAGAUUUAAAUGAGUUUUGGGUUUUGCUGGAAGACGUUCGCAGAGAACAGACGGAGCUUUUCUUGCCGUGUCAUUUAGCAGAGAUCCUGUCCCUGCUUGCAAAGUGCCAGCGUCCCAGUACAGAGCUUGUCCGCUUGGUCAGCCAACGAUGCCGCCGCCUCCAUAAAUCGUUUAGUGCAGAGGAGAUUGGUGGAAUUCUCCGGGCAUACAGCACACUUGGAUUUGCAUCUGUGGGUACAAUCAGCAUGCUGGGUAGUCGGCUGGCCAGCCUUUUGCACGACCCGAGUGACACUGUGAAAGGAUGGCACCUUGUUGCUUUAGCUGGAGCCUAUCCUACUCUUCAUAUGUCCUGGAAGAAGUCCAAGCAUCGAGACCAAGAACUCAAGAUGUGGAAAGCGGUGACGGUCGCUUUGCCUCAAAAGCUCCCUGAGAUGAGUGCACGACAUCUCGCAGUGCUUCUCAAUGCUUUUGCGCGGAUGGAUUUCUCGUCUUCUGGGAUUCACAGCAAUGUGUCGCAGAUGUUUUCGGCGACGGCGAACCACUUAGUUCCUCGAAUUGCUCUCAAUGCAAAUGCAGAAUUCGUGCCCCGCGAGCUUGCUUUGAUCAGCAAUGCUUUUGCCAAGACUCGCGCAGUGGCUUGUACUGGGGUUGGUCCGUUGUUUAAAGCGGUGGCUUCCACUGCUAUGAGUCAAAUUCAACAUUGCAAUCAGCAAGACCUUUCAAACCUUUUCAAUGCAUUUGCUCAGCUCUCCAUUCGAGAUCCCCCUCUCUUUGAUGCGGGGGCGCUCGUUGUAAUUUCAAAGAUAGCGGACUUCGAUCCUCAGCAUCUCUGCACCACAGCGCAUGCCUUUGGCAAGCAACAGGUUGUGCAUCAGGACAUGUUUAAGAAAAUUGCGGACGCGUCACUGAGAUUGCUCGACCGAUUCACGCCACUGCAGCUCGGCAACUUGGCUUAUGGCUUUGGACGCCUACAAGUAAGACACAAGCAGCUAGUUGGGAGUCUGUCAGAUGAGGUGAUUUAUCGUGGUACCAUUGGAAAAACCUUGCAGAAUGCCAGCGAAGUGUACCGUUUCGAGUUGAGAACCCUUCAAAACCUCACACAAGCUUUUUCCAGGCUCAUGGUGGCUGACCACAGGCUCUACUUUGUGCUUUUUGACAUGACCAGACAAAGAGUGAGGGAAUUUGCAAGACGUGUGAAGGACACGGAGGCCGAACAGGAUGUGAAUGCUUCUGUCCAUACGGUGGUGGAUAAAUCCCGCGUUUCUGCUGCAGCUAAUCGGGGCGAAGACAUUGAGAUUUUGACUGGCCGUGGGCUCUCAAUGAUGCUGUCUGCUUUUGCGAAAAGUCAAGCCGACUUCCACAGUCUUCUCAGAUGGGUUCCACACCAAGUCACAUCACUUCAGGGUCAGUAUUCUACCACACAGCUGGCAAAUAUUUUUAACUCCUGCAGCAAAUUGGGCAUCAAACAUGCAGCCAUGUAUUCCGAGUUGCUGAGCAAUGCUAAGCCACGAAUUCCUCAGAUGUCUCCAAAGUCUUUGACCAUGCUUCUCCGAAGCAUGUCAAGAGCGAAACUUUCCAGUCGGACGGUGACCCGACAUGCGCUGAAGGUGAUUUCGGCCAAAGUGGGUGAUCUAAACACAAUAGACCUUUGCACCGCUUUGGUGGGCUGCUCUGAGUUGAACUACCGAGAUGAACGGUUUCUACGCUUGCUUGCUAGCGUGGUGCGGACUAGGAUGAAUGAGAUGACAGGAAGCCAACUAGCCUGCGCAUGUGCAGCCUAUGCCCACAUGCGCAUCCAGCAUCCUGCAUGGUUUGACGCCAUACUGUUUGAACUUUUUCAGAGGCAGAGCGAACUGAGUGAAAAGGAUGCCACGAACGUAGCAUACGCAAUGUUACUUCUGGCAGCGGUGGAGAGACACGAAUCUAAGGCCAAUGAGGCAUCGUCAUAUCCCUUUGACACCCAUCGGGGUGUUCUCUACAGCCUGCUUGCAACUACCAACGAGCAUCGGAGGGAUCUCAGCUAUCCAGCGAUCUAUCAGCUGCAAAUUGUCGAGCUCUAUUUGAGGCUCUUGGCACCAUCUGUAUAUGAGGAGAUGCAACAGGAACUAAAGAUUAUGCUUGCGAAAGCAAGAAAAGUCAGUGUUAUUGUCGAUGACUACAUGCAGAGCUCCUCGAGACUACAUCGGCGGAUCUCUCAAUGGUUUACGAGGGUUGGAUUGGAACACCGCAGUGAGGUAUUUGUGGGGCCAUUUAUGCUUGACAUGCUAAUUGGAGAGCGAGUUGUUGUCGAAGUGGACGGGCCAACUCAUUUCUAUCGGGACACUAAUACUCGCACCGCAUCGAGCUUGUUGAAAGCAAGUAUGCUUCGGGCUAUGGGGUUCCAUGUGAAGCAUCUUCCUUACCAAGAGUGGCAGCAGUGCGGGAAUGCCACAAGGCGAACGAUGUAUUGUUCCGCCUUCUGGAAAGACGUCGUGGCAGCUCACGAGCAGGACUUUGAGGGUUUGCAUCCGCGGCUUCCAGAGCUUGUUGACAUUCUUGAUGUCGUGGUGAGUUGGCAAACAGGUGAAGGUCCGCAUCCCAGCACUGCUUUGCUUCGGGAAAGACAGCCGGCACAAAGAUUGCCAGCAUUCUAUUCGGAGGAGAAUGAGCUGGAGGAGGUGGUGGAUCGAAGCCUGACAGGUCGAACACCGCAAGAGCUCCUUGCAGCGCACGAAGAGGCAGAAGCCGCCAUGGCAGCUGAUAGGGAUCGGCAGAUUACGGCUCAGCAGAGAAUGUUCUUAGACCAAAGAGAAGAAAGAGAUCAGGAACUUCAGGAAGAGCUCAGCAAGCUCUUUCCGAGGUCCAAGAGACGAGAGGUUCGUCAUUCCACCACAGGCAUCUUUGACUUUGAGUCCUUGGAGGCCGACACGGAUAGCUCAGAUGAUGAGUUCGAGACUCAAAAGUGCGGCGAACUCGCCGUCGGCUUUUUGCGAACGAACGAUGAGUUCGUAUGAUGUUCAAUUUCCUUGAGAAC